CUCAGAUCCGCCUCGCUGCCAUCCAAUUCACCUCGGGGAUUCCCUCUUCACUCAUCAAUUACCCUGGAUAUUUUAUAAACCUUUUCGGAGUCACUCGCGCCCCCGCACUAUAAAAACACCCCUAAUCGCGCAUCUCCGAACACCCUAAAAUCAUCCCCAACCUGUUCGCUCCUCCGACAUCCCUUGACCAUCAACCAACACCACAACAACACUCAUCAAUUGCACCACUCAAAGCUACCAUCAUCUACCUCUCACUCACCACACCAAUCCACCACAAUGGAAGAAAGCCGCCAACCCUCCACGACCUCCAACCCCCCCAGCGUCGAAAACGCCUACAAACGCAAAUGCCUGGCCCUAAAGAAGCGCCUCAACGAAAUCGAAGAAGAAAAUGAAAUGAUGCGUCUCCGCAACCGUCGCGGCUGGCAAUACAUCCAGAAAAUGCGCCUCGAGUCAUGCAUUCUCCUGGAACGGUUGGCCAAAGUCACCGGCAUGACGGAGGAGGCGCAGGCAGGCGUGAACCCGGAACUGCGCGCUCGAGCAUCAGCGAUGAUGACGAAUGUUGCGGCGGUGACGGGCGGAGAGGCGGGGAAGAACGGUGCUGCUGGUGUGCCACAGUCUCUGGAGGAUGAGACGGAGGGGAGUUCGGAUGAGCAGCCGCCUACUCCCCAGGAAAGGCCUCUGCGCGUGAAGCGAUCCAGGAAAUCCAACUUGCCCAAUGACGCUAAUUUGGAGGAUGAGGCGGCCAACAAUGAUACCAACAAUGACAGCAACAGCAAAGAGAAGGAGAAGGAGAAAGACGCCAAGGAUAAGGACGCGACGGAAUCUGGCGCCGCAGCUGAUGGUGAUAAUGGUAAUGGAGAUUCGUCCUCUUCGUUGCCGCGACUAGCCCCCGCCCCGUCGCAGGACGAAAUGACCUCUUCUUUCCGCAUUCAACCGGGUAGUAACGGGUCCUCGAAUGAUAAGGAGGGUGCUAGUGAUCGCGGGAGCCAUAACCCCGAGUCUGCGGAGCAGAGGGGUGAUGGUGCGGAGGAUGAGACGACGCCGAUGGAUAUGGAUGCGAAGGAGGAACUUAAGGAGGAGAGGGAGGGGUGAUUAACUAUACCAUAACCAUACCCUAGACUUUUCGUUUUUUUUCUCUUUUCUUAUUCCUACUAUUAUAUGGAAUGUUUCCGUUCCGUGGUGCUCUAUAUUCUUGUGUUAUCGUGGUAAUGGGUGUUAUUGAUCUCUGGGUUAUUAUUUUUCUGUCUUGGGGGUGAGGGCCUCUGUUGUUGUUUCUGGCCCCUCUUUUUCUCUUUAUUCAUUCUUCCUUUCUGUUCUAUAGUAUACGAUGGGCAAAAGCGGUACUCUCUUCUUGUGUGUAUGUGUAAGAGAGGGAGUAGGAGGUAUAUCUGCCUACUUAUAGAAUAGUCAUCCUUUGCUCUGUGUAACCAGUAGAUAUUAUAUGUGCAUCGAUUAUGUCUUGUCAUGGAUACUCAACCUGUC